UAAGCCAUCACUAGAAAGCUCCGUCUCUUUUCAACAAUACAAACUAAAGCGCAAUUUCGGAAAUUUCUCAACGGAAAAAAUAUAAGAUUUCUUUUAAUUAUGGAAGAGUCCUACUUUCCCUGCAGCCCCCAGUUGCUCAAGGAGCCCUUGUCCUUUGCGGAACUUGUGAAAAACGGCGCUGAAUUCGAGGUGGACAUGUCACAUCAGAAUAAUAAUGGCAGUAACGAUUUUCUGGGUGGCGAGAGCGACAGCGACUAUGAGGAUGCCGAGGACGUGGAUAACGUGGCUCUGCUUUCCCCGUGGACGCAGUCCUUUGACGAGCUGCGUGCCCUGAUGAACAAGAUCGAUGAAUACAUCUACAAACGGAUCACCCGCGAGGGUCACGUGGAGCGAGAUCUGGUGCCGGAAAAGGCCAGGGUUUCGAUCAGGUACAGUGGCUACUGGGAGGGCGAUAGCCAUCCCUUCGACUCUUCCAUGCUGCGGGGAACCAAGUUCGAGUUCGAGACUGGCCAGAAAAUGGUGCUCGAGGGACUGGAGGCCGCUGUGCGUACCAUGCGCCCAUACGAACAGGCCGAGUUCAUCAUCUCUUACAAGCUGCUCUUCCGGGAACUGGGAUGUCCACCACGCAUCAAGCCCAAGGCGGACGGGCUCUUCAAGGUUGAGGUCAUCGACUUCUCGCUUAUAGGCGAUGCGGAGGCCAUCGAUGCGAUCCCCAAGGAGGAUCGCGACAAGUUCUGCGUGGUCUAUCCCAAGGCGCAGGACUUGCAUCUCCAUGGCAAGGAUUGCGUGAAGCGCGGGAGCUAUCGGAAUGCGGCGACUGCCUUCGAAAGGGCAGUCAAUUCCUUGAAUUACUGCCGAAUGGCCAAUGACGAGGAGGAGCGCAGGCAAACCGCACUGCUGAUAACCUUGACUCAAAACCUGAUGAUCGUCUACAAUAAGCUGAACAAGCCGCAGCGCGUCUGCAUCAUGAUGAAGUCCCUGCGCCGUCUGACCGAGAACGAUCCCUCUUGCAAGGCUCUCUUCCAAGAGGGUCGCGCCCUGUCCGCCUUGGGUGAUUAUGACCGUGCCCGUAAGGUCUUUCUUCAGGCCCAGGCCAAGCAGCCGGAGAACAAGGAGAUAAGCGAUGAGAUUAUCAGCAUGGACAAGAGAAUCAGCCAGUACCAGGAGGCCACCCGCGAUUUGUGGUCGCGGGCUUUUUCGGCAAAGAAUUCACAAUCAGGCGCCCCGAAAACGGCAGCUGAGGUGGAGAAGGAAGCCAAGGAUCAGAGUUUCAAAGAUGAAAUAGAGGAUUUAAUCAAAGAGUUCGAGAGCUCUGGAAAGAAAUCGAUAGGAUUUUCCCGUAAAAUGUUUUCGGACAAACAGUUUCGAAUGAUUUGUGAUUUGGUCAGGGAUCACAAUAUGAAACUAACAUUGUCUCCCAUUCACGAGGACGUCUUGACUUUGUCCAAGUUGGAUGUCAAUUAGGACUAAUCACUAUUUAAUACUUUAAAGUUUGCAUUACCUAACUCAUUCCAAAAAAAUCAAAAUGUUACCAAAUAUGAAAGUACUUUAACCAAGUUCUAAAAGAACUUUAACUAUUGCAUUUAACUAUGUAGAAAGAAAAGUAAGUCUUGUGCUAUUACCAACUUGGGUAUCUGCAGCUAUUUUAGAUAAAAACUUUAAUCUCAAAGUUAUAUUUUCUUAAAUAUCAAACUAAUACAUACAAAUUUUCAAUGAAGACCAAGGUAUUGGAUGACUAUACCAUAAUUAAUUACCUGAAUUAAUUUACUUCGAUAUUUGCAGCUAUUUACGAUAAAAUCAUGAAUCUCAAAGUUAUAUUUUAUUCAAAAAACGUUCUUGCAGAACUAUACCUUUGGUUAUUACCUACAAUUAAACGUAAAUCUUGUACGAAAUCGAACAUAAA